GAUCGUGAAUUGCUCUCUUGCUGGUGUCUCUCCGAAAAAGCUAUCACCAUGAUGACCACGACGUUCACGGACUUCGACCCAGAGGAGCACUGGCGCAGCGUGGCCAAACUGCUGGAGGAGGGCGGCGGAACCAAGGACUACAUAGGGCAUGUGACCCUGGGACCCGCGAUCGUGGAGGCGAGACCUGCCGGCACCUGCACCGUCGAGGUCCCUUCGUUGCGCCCUCCCGCCGGCGUCGAUGCUGGUGCGAGGGGUUCGACGGAGGGGUGGGGGAUUGGGCCGAGCCCGCACGAGAUGGGAAGCUACGAGGCGGAGGCCCUCCUCGAUAAGAUCCACCGUUACCACCUCGACGCGCUCGCGGCGAUGGGCAAAGAGAGCGUGGGUAGGCACGCCUGCGGCAUGGUGUUCGCGGGUUACGCCUACGGCAUGCUUGAUGGCCCUGUCUCCAACAUUGUCGCCAACGCGCUCUGGUACGACUUGAUGUUUCCCCCUCCUCCUUCCGGUGAGGAUCAAGUCAAGAUGCUUGGCGCUAAGGCCAUUUUCCGCAUGGCCUACCGCUCUCGCGAUGCUCUCAUCGCCUUCAUGAGGCAUUAUGCACCCUCCCUAGGAACCCAAGACGUCCUGAGGUGCCUGCUUCAUGCAGAUGGGAAUCUUCAGCAGGCCGUUCGGCUGCUCCACAAAGAUGGCAUUGGAUUAGGAUCUGAAAUAGAUGCCUUCAGGGCUGCUAUCAAGUCUGUGGAUCUCCCUAAUGAGACAGUUCGAGGGGCCCAUCUUUCUUUUGUAGCCAGCUAUGGUUCUGCCCGAGCACUUUUUCUAUUGAAUUGUAGCUUGUUUCACCCAUCAGUUCUUCGAUGUCUUGGCCAGAAUUUGCCAUCCGAUCUUCAGGAACAUCCUAUUAUUACACGUUCAGUGUAUGAAUUGGAAGGCACAUCGACAUCGAGCCCCUUGAACCUGAGCCCAGUGGCCUAUAGAGCACUAAGGCUCAAGAUGCAUUCCUUCCGAAUGGAACAGGAGCUCUCCCUUGCCAUAGUGCACAAGGCACUUCAGAAACUUGCUCUGCAGCUUGGGGAACCUUAUGAGCUCCAUAUGAUCUGUGGGAAAAAUUGUGUCAUAUUGCCUCCUGAAAGCUACUACCACAUCAACUUCUUGGCAUCUCCAAAGCGUUGCUCCAAUCCGCCUACACAUUUUUUUUGCUGAAGUUCGUGGCGCACUGAAAGAUGUGAAUGAUGUGACAUUAUGUUGUCCCGUGACAGAAAAAAAGGGUAGAUGCUUUGUUUGUGACUAUAACGGGGUGAAGCUCUUCCAUCCUGUUGAUGAGGAAUUCAAUGGUAUUGAAGACCCUAGUGCUGAUCAUCCUUUAGUGAAAGACCCUACCUCAGAACUCGGUGCUCCACUAAAUGAGGAUUAUAUCUUUUUUGAGAUCAAACUGCACCCUGAGAUUGCAACUUUUUUGGAGGCCAAUUAUUCCUAUAUGAAUGAGGAUCAAGUUGACUUGAGUUUUAUGUGGUUUGGAAAUCACCUACCUUAAUCCUGCACUUGGUACGUAUGUGAUGUUCCCAUACUUUCCUGUUCAUAUUGGCAAAUCAGCCCCAUUUUAUCCAAUUUGAAAUGCUCUUAUAUAAGUUGACUCUUCUGAUUUCUUGUCUGUUCAUAUGCAUUAAUGGUAUGAUUUCAAGUUUGUGCAUACCACCCUUAGGUAAAUGACAUGGUGUCCAUUAGAUAAUGACAUAGAAGCAAACAAGUUAUGAUUAGCCAUUCAUUAACUGACAUGGAAGCAAUGAGUUAUGAGUGUCCGAUCUAAUGUUUAUCUCAUAUAUAUGUUGUGGAAAAAACAUAUGUUGUAUUGUUGUCAUAAUGUGCAAGAAUGAGUAGUAUGAUUUUUAUUUGUAUCCAGAACAGUGAAAUUUACAUUUUCAGCUAAUAGGCGAUGAGCAGUUUAUUUGGAAGAAAUACAUCUUUCGAGGUCUUGAAAUUGUUGAAUAUAUUUACUAUUGUUGGUUGAAAUUGAUCUUUCUCUGUACCAUCAUGUUUCUAGUUCAAGUUAACUAAAAAACAUAGGGUGUGAUUGGUUGCUAGACUUAGCUUCAGCCUGGCUAGGACGCAUGGGUAGCCUAAGCCUGGCUACGUUAGUGCACACCCCCUUUGUUUGGUUGCUAUGUUAAAUUUAGGCUGGCUUAUGGAGCUUGUGUUUGGUUGACUGGUUUGCAUAAGAUUGUAUUGGGUAUGACCACCUCUUUUUCCCUCAAGGUGAGUUUAACCCCACAUUUGCUCACAUGCCGGUGACGGUGAGGAAGAAGACAUGCCACUGUCCAGGCGCAAGCGGCAGUGGAGGAACGGACGGCGCUGCCAAAUGUGAGCUGCUCUGCACCAGCGACCUCCUGACGGCGUGGGGCGAGCUGCUCUUCUGGAUGGACUAGCGGCCUCUUGUGGGAUCUGCACCAAGAGCGGGUAUCGCUCUUCGGACUGCCAGCUCGCUGCCGUGGACCCUGGUUCGUUCACCCCGUCGCAGCAGGAAUAGGUGGAGGAACAGGAGGCGACGCGCGGUGAGGAGAUGCGGCGUGCGGGGAGGUGAGCAGAACCGAGGCCUUCUGCGCCAACGAAGCUUGUGCAGCCUGCAUUGGACGGAAACGAGAUGAACUUGCGUUUCCAGGAAGCCAAGCUGGUGGGCUACUUUUGCAUUCCCAGAGCCUGGCUAGCUGACUGACCAGGCAACCAAACGUAUCGCCGCUGCAUUCCGCAAGCCUGGCCAGGGGGUUGUGCACCCAACCAAUCACUCCCAUAGGUUCUCUGAUACGAAGAUAGAAGCUCUCCUGAUGGUUUUCUGUCUAUCUAUCCUAUCAUGUAUCUUUUUUUUAAUUCAAAUAAAGUUAAAAAACAUCUUUGGGUAACAAAUUUUUUUGUGCUUGUUAGGUGUCGUGAGGGAAGGUCAGCAGAAGAAAUAAGUUGAUGCUACACUAAAUACAUGAUUAGGAAUAAAUUUUGCUUCUCAAAAGUCGAUUUGCAGAUGGUGAUCUUAAGUCUAAUGGUAGUUAUCUUUCCCAAUGGAUACUAGUUUGUAUUUUAAGUUGAUAUUCUAUCGUUUAUUAUCUCUGCUUCUCCAACGGUGCCACUGGGUGUUUUUUUAGUUGGCACACACAUUGUAUGGAAGCUUUAUCAGCACGAUUUCUGUUUGGGUGC